CGGAGAAUCCCUGGCGCGUGAACAAUUGUAAGAAACCUGUUUAAAAUAUGUCCAUGGAAGCUACAGGUGGCCGGGGCGGGCAAGAACGCCGCAAUAAGAUUCUGGGGUUAUAAUCGUCAUUUCCACUACCUCGGUGGUUCUAGUUGUUUAUAAUUCAGUGAACGACUGUACGUUGCUCGGAGCUCCUCUCUCUCUUGCCAGGGCCUAGGGCUUCUGUCUCUGUUGCCAGCUAAUCUGUGUGUCAAGAUUUCUCGGAGCUUGUGAGUUUGAAAAACACCGUCUGCUUCUUUAAGAUGUCCAAACAACAAUGGGUGUAGCACAUCAUCAUCAGAGGUUUUUUAAAUCUGAAGUAGAAUCCAAUCCAUGGAGACUGACAAUGAAAGCAAUAUGAGCGAGAUGAAGGAAAAUAAAUUUUUUUUAAGGCCAGUUGAUCCUGAGGAUUAUGGUGAAGGAUUGCCAUAUGCUCCUGUAGAUUGGCCUAAUCGGGGAGAUAUUUGGGGUUGGAAAGUGGGAAAAAGAGUUGCCUUGCAAGGCCACUUUUUGGAUAGGUAUCUGUAUCUUCCAAGUCGUCUAUGUUCGAGAGAUUCUAAGAAGCGAAGUUUUAAAAGCAAGCUUUCGGUUGAACAUUACAUCCAGGCAACGUUCCCUAAUGCAGAUAUUGAUGCAUUUUUCGCUUCAUUCAGCUGGAAGAUCCCUUCAAAGAAUCAAUCAACAAAUGGUAAGUCAGUGUUGCGUAGUUUGGUUCCUUUGCCUCCAGACACAGAACACUCUGAAUCUGUUUGCCAGUCUGAUACCAUAGGUUGCAAGGCUGGGAAUAAGACGUGUAGCAGUUUCAUGGAAACAGCAGAAGGAUCACCUUCGGCUGUCAUGCCUUGUGAUAUUUGCUGUGCUGAGCCUCGGUUCUGCCGUGAAUGUUGUUGUAUUCUUUGUUCCAAGACUGUAACUUUAGAUUUUAGGGACUACAGCUAUGUCAAAUGUCAAGCAAUAGUGGGUGAGGGAUACUUAUGUGGACAUGUUGCUCACAUUAAUUGCGCUCUUCGAUCUUACUUGGCGGGAACAGUUGGUGGAAGCAUUGGUUUGGAUGCAGAAUACUAUUGCCGGCGAUGUGAUGCAAGGACAGAUCUAGUUCCGUAUGUAAAAGGUGUUUUGCAAAAUUGGGAAGACAUCAAUUCCCGGGAUGACCUUGACAAAAUUCUGAACAUUGGCUUGUGCAUUUUACGUGGAUCUCAGAAAAUUGGGACAAGAGAGUUACUGAACCGCAUUGAAUUGGCCAUGGCUAAGCUUAAAUGUGGUUCUUCACUUGAAGAUAUCUUUAAAGAUGAAGAUGGUGCCCAAGUUAUUUCCACAGGCGUACUAGAUACAGGAAAUGCCGCAUUGGAAGCUACAAACGACGAAGAUUGUGUGGAUGAUAGAACCACCUCGCUGCAAGUUGUAACAGAAUCAUCUGAUUAUCUGAACGAGUCUCUGAAGCUUGAAAAUAAGAUUGAUGAGGUUCUUCAAGCUCUGCGUAAGUCCCAGGAAUUAGAGUAUAAAAUUGCAGAGGAGCAGCUCCAUGCUCAGAAGAAUUAUCUUCGUAAUCUAUAUCAGCAAUUGGAUAAAGAGAGGUCAGCACUAGCACAUCGAACAUCACGCAUUGAACCUGGUAGCUUACAUGCUGCCAUCUCAAACAGAUUGGAUCAGGUAAACAGAGAAAUCGUGAAACUCAAGGAGAUGGAAGAGGUGGCUGAAGGAUUUGGAAAGACCCCUAACCGUAUUUUGAGGGAACACUUUGGUAUGGAAAUUGAGAAAUGAAGUUUAUUCCUGCCAGUGAUGGGUUUGCAGUCAUGUUCAUCAAAUCUUCCCGUGGAGCUGUUUUCAUUCUUCGAACUGUGAUCAUCACCUGUGAAUUUUUUAGUCUAUUUCCGCGUCGUGUGUGAUGAAGUUACAUCCCUGGCGAAUGUCAUAGGAAGGACUUCUUGUGCUCAGGAUGAAUUUUUGUUCCCUGCAAAAUAUGCAGGAUGCAAGUUCAGUAGUAUAAUUGCCUUGAAGCUGCCAUAAUCCGAAUGGAUCAGUUAGAUAAGAGCAAUGGAGUUGUGGGUCUGAAAAUCCAAGGCAGUUCAACUGUUUUUGUUUUGUUGGGUCAUCUGGGAUCACUGGGCUGAGUACCGGGCCUUGACCCAAUAAGAAUCCAUUUUCGGCUUUAUCCAUUUGUAACUUGGGCCUGGUUCUUUUCGUAACUUGGGUUGGGGGCAUUCUAAGAAGCCCAAAGGCCCAAACACCUUCCAUCGUUCCAUACCUGCCAUUCCCUCCACUACUCGUUCCAAACCACCAACCCAAGACUGAAAUGUCAGCAGUUGCCACCACCAAACACACGACCCUCCUCACCGCCCUCUCCUCCUCCACCUCCCUCUCCCACCUCAAGCAAGUCCAUGCCCUAAUUCUCCGCUACAACCUCUCACAUUCCCACUCACUCCUUCUUAACCUCCUCCUCACCUCCUGCUCUCUGUCCAGCCUCAACUAUGCUCUCUCCGUCUUCUCUCAUUUCCCCACUCCCUCGCCUCCUCUCUCCAACAAAUUCUUGCGCGCUCGUCUCGUAGCGCCAAAUCUCAAGAUUACCCUCUCUUUUUUUUCUUAUGCGGAAAUAAGAGGAUAAGGGUUGGGUGUGGACAGGUUUAGGUUUCCGCUGCUGCUGAAGGCGGCAGGGAAGGUGUCGAUGCUAAAUGAGGAGAAGGAGAUAUAUCGGUUGGCAGAGAAAAUGGGUUUUGACUUGGACGCGUUUGUGAAGACGGGUUUGAUGGGGAUGUAUUGCGCUUGUGGAAGAAUAAUGGACGCGCGGUUGGUGUUCGAUAAAAUGUCUCAGCGGGAUGCUGGUUACAUGUAGUAGAUCUUCUUGUUUGAACUUUCCUCUGCAAUUUUGUAUUUACCAACACUAAAAACCAGUAGUAUGGAAACUUUUCUAAUGAUGCUGCUUUGAUAAUUGGAAAGAAACAUGCUGAUGCUUAUGCA